AUGUCAUACACUUUUCAAUAUUCCAAAUUAGGAAUCGUUUACAAUGUUGUGCUGAGUAGCUUAAUGAUUGCUUCGAACUAUGUGUCUAUACCAUUGAAAUUUACUUGGAAAUACAAGAUCAAAACAAGUUUGACUACAGCCAUUUCGGUUCUUCAAACUAUACUUGGUACCUUGAUGAUCUGCGCGAUUUUGAUUAGCUACUGCAUCAAACAGAAAUCCCUUGUGCGGAUCGCCAAUCGAUUAAUCACCAUUGAACACGAGAUAGAUCAUUUGUAUGAUCUAUAUCAUCCGCUCCGACGACAACGUAUCUUCUGUACUAUGAUCAUCGUUUGCACCUUGAAGAUUUGCCUUCUGAUACUUCUCCUGUUCAAUGAUAAUCUGGCCUUGGGUACGGGCCCAAUCUCAUGGCUAACAGACAUUCUGCCGACAUUUCACAUGGGUUGGCUACUGAUACAAUACUUCCUGUUGGUGACGGUCAUUCAGACAGAUUUUGCUGAUGUUAAUCGAGCGAUACAAAGUCUCAUUGGAAUCAAUACACCUGAUCUGCAGUCUCUCUAUCAAACACGUCGUAUCAUAGUCAACAAUUCGAUCGUCCAUCAACUUUUGCAACUGCGAGAUGUGCAUUGUCAUCUCUGUGAAAUCUCUGAGGAUGUGUCGAGUUUUUAUUCACUUCCAGUAUUAUUCGGCAUCAUUUUUCUCUUUCUUACACUAACAUAUAAUGGUUACUUUCUUUUUUGGAUUGUGAUGAUAACUGAUGAUAUCUUAGAAUAUGACACUCUUAGUAAUACCAUCGUCUGGCUAAUAUUUCUGAUUUAUCCCAUCUUUCUCCUUACCAAUAAAAUUACCAAAAUUUUAAUCGAGAUUGAGAAAACGGGCAAUAUAGUACAUGAUCUUUUAAACUGUGCAAUCGGGAAAGACAAAAAAGCAGAGCUCAAGAAAUUUUCGCUUCAAUUGCUACAUCGCAAAAUACAGUUUACAGCUAACGGAUACUUUAUGCUCGAUAAUACUUUUCUGCAUUCGCUAACUGGUACAGUGAUGACAUAUUUGAUAAUACUUGUGCAAUUUCAAAUGGUAAGCUCGCGUUCAUCGAUCAGACAGCAAUGUAACAAUACAGGGAGAAGUUAA